AUGGAUAACACCAAAGGGGGAGAAGAGCACGAAAGCGAAGAAGUUGUAGUGCUUGCCAGCGAGGAAGAUGGAGCCACCCCAGCCCCGCAAGUCCUACAUGGCAACAAAUUAAAGGCGAACGAAAUCGAGCUGGAGCUGAAGGAGUGGAAAACGAAUAAGGAGGACUGUCAGUCCUUUCUGAAAAACAAAACAAUCAUGAGUUUCGCAGAUUAUAUAUCCAAAUACGACAGCGAAAUUAAGAAAAAAAAAGAUGAAGAGGAAAUUGUCAUCAUCUGCACCAUUGUCAAUAUACCUUACCAAGUCAGGAAGUACAAUAAUGAAAAAUUUAUUUUCUGGGACAUUUCCGAUUUGCAAAACACACAAUCCAGGAUUUUCCUCACGGGAGAAAUUUGCGAACAAUUUGAAGCGGAAAAAGAAGGAGCCGUUAUCGCCCUUGUCAACCCAGUUGUGAAGGACAAGGAUCCACAGUAUUAUAACUCCAGGUUGUUAGAAGUGUUGGACAAAACAAAUUUAAAAGUUAUUGGAUUAAUCGAUAAAUUGGAAAGGUGUAAGGGAAGGAAGCGAAAUGGGGAGAGCUGCAAAAUUGUCAUUUACACGCCGCUCUUUGGCCACUUUUGCAAGUACCACGUUAAGCAGGAUCGAACAAAACGAGGGAAGAAAAAGUACGGCAAAAGCUCCAGGUAUGUGGAAGUGGGACCAAUUACGUGGGACGAGGGGGAAGAAGCGGCAGCGGUGGAUGAAGUGAACGAAGCGGAUGGAAAGGAGAACGGCUCCUCCACUACCACCACGGAGGCAGAGAAGAAGAAGACGAAGAAGAAAAAGAAAAAGGAAGACACAGGCGGUACAGACGCUACAGGUGGAGAAUCCUUCGACGUCGAAUCCAUCAUAGGCAUGUACACAAACAAAAUAGAAGUAAAGGAUAAAAAGAAAAAAAAGGAACUGGUGGAAAACAGAAUAAAAGAACUGGACAACUUUUCAAAGCUAACGAAUGACGGACUUGAUCUGGAGCUCCUGAACAGUAAGGAACCCACGGAAAAGGAAGAACCCUCAACGACGCAGAAAUCUGCCAACACUAUCCUAACAGAACAGUGCCCCGAACUUAUACACUUAAUUAACAAAUCGAAUAAGACGGAUGAAGACGAACAAGAAGUUAGUCAACAGGAAAAAUUAAGAAUUAAGGAAGAAUCUCGAAAAAAAAAUGAACAGCUAGCUGCAUCCAAUGAAGAAAAGCUAAAAAAAAAGUUUGACAAUUUCUUAGUCAAAUUAAUUGAGUUACAAAAAUCGAAAGACGAAAAUGAUGUGAAGACUCUCCUAAAGGGGCUCAUUUACGUAACCAAUAAUUUCCAAUUUAGCUUAAAGCAUGUAAGCAGCUCCAAUAUCUUUGACGUGUGCUACAAACUUAUGGAUCACAGGAGUGAGGAAGUUGCCAUCGCGGCUCUGAAAUUCAAGAGGAAAAUUAACACCCUCUAUAUUGAUUACUACAAAGAUAGGCUUAAGAGACAGAAAGUUAAGCAAUCUGCGAAGGAAGGUCAGGACCCUGCUCACGUGGAGGUGGACAAAGGCGAACAGAACAAGCAGGACCAGCAGGUGUGUGCAUAA